GGGCCUGCAGGGGAUUACUGCCGGGUAGGAGCUCGGUGAGGGGCGCCCCGCUGCUGGAGGCCGAACCCGGCGUUUCCACCCGCUGCAUCUCGGACGCACGGAAGCCCGCGGGCUCGCGCACGGUGCGGCGGUGCGUGACGCUCGCGGGCUGGAAGCCCGGGUGGGUCCCCCGCAGGCUCCGACCCCUGGCGGCUCCCGGGCUCCCGCGGUCGGGGGGCGUCCACGUGGUGACCUGCCUGGGGCCGGGUUCCCCGCGGCAGCUCCUCCUCCCCGCCGCUCGCGCUCGGCUUUCUGCAGUAUCACGUGCAGCCGCGCUGGGUGCAGGAUGGCGGCGGCGGCGGCGGCGGUGGGUGUCAGGCUCCGGGACUGCUGCAGCCAGAGCGCCGUGCUCCUGCUCUUCUUCUCUCUGUCCCCUCGGCCCCCGGCCGCCGCUGCCUGGCUGCUGGGCCUGAGGCCGGAGGACACGGCGGGAGGCCGCGUGUCCCUGGAGGGGGGCACCCUGCGCGCGGCCGAAGGCACCAGCUUCCUCCUGCGCGUCUAUUUCCAGCCCGGGCCCGCGGCGCCCUCGGCGCCCGCGCCCGCGCCCACCCUCUCCGCGGGCGAGAACGGCACCGGCGACUGGGCUCCGCGGCUCGUGUUCAUCGAGGAGCCCCCCGGCGGGAGCAGCGCGGCGCCCAGCGCCGUCCCCACGCGCCCCCCGGGGCCGCAGCGCUGCCGCGAGCAGAGCGACUGGGCGUCCGACGUGGAGGUCCUGGGGCCCCUGCGCCCCGGAGGCGUGGCGGGCUCGGCUCUGGUCCAGGUGCGGGUGCGGGAGCUGCGCAAGGGCGAGGCGGAGCGGGGCGGUGCGGGCGGUGGCGGGAAGCUCUUCUCGCUGUGCGCCUGGGAUGGGCGCGCUUGGCACCACCACGGGGCCGCCGGCGGCUUCCUGCUGCGCGUCCGCCCGCGCCUCUACGGCCCGGGUGGGGACCUGCUGCCCCCCACGUGGCUGCGAGCGCUCGGGGCGCUCCUGCUGCUCGCCCUGUCUGCCCUGUUCAGCGGCCUGCGCUUGAGUCUGCUCUCGCUGGACCCGGUGGAGUUACGGGUGCUGCGGAACAGCGGCUCGGCCGCCGAGCAGGAGCAGGCGCGCCGCGUGCAGGCCGUGCGCGGCCGGGGCACCCAUCUGCUCUGCACCCUGCUCCUGGGCCAGGCCGGAGCCAACGCGGCCCUGGCCGGCUGGCUGUACGCCUCGCUGCCGCCGGGCGUCCGGGGCGCCGGGGAUGACUAUGUGGACGCGGGAGUUCACUUCCCGUGGCUGCCCGCGCUCGUGUGCACCGGCGCCGUGUUCCUGGGCGCCGAGAUCUGCCCCUACUCCGUGUGCUCGCGCCACGGACUGGCCAUCGCCUCGCACAGCGUGUGCCUGACCCGGCUGCUGAUGGCCGCGGCCUUCCCCGUGUGCUACCCGCUCGGCCGCCUGCUGGACUGGGCGCUGCGCCAGGAGAUCAGCACCUUCUACACCCGGGAGAAGCUGCUGGAGACGCUGCGCGCCGCGGACCCCUACAGCGACCUGGUGAAGGAGGAGCUCAACAUCAUCCAGGGCGCCCUCGAGCUGCGCACCAAGGUGGUGGAGGAGGUGCUGACCCCGCUGGGCGACUGCUUCAUGCUGCGCUCCGACGCCGUGCUGGACUUCGCCACGGUCUCCGAGAUCCUGCGCAGCGGCUACACGCGCAUCCCGGUGUACGAGGGAGACCAGCGGCACAACAUCGUGGACAUCCUGUUUGUCAAGGACCUGGCCUUCGUGGACCCCGACGACUGCACGCCGCUGCUCACGGUCACUCGCUUCUACAACCGGCCCCUGCACUGCGUCUUCAAUGACACCCGGCUGGACACGGUGCUGGAGGAGUUUAAGAAGGGGAAAUCUCACCUGGCCAUUGUCCAGCGGGUGAAUAACGAGGGAGAAGGGGACCCUUUCUACGAGGUGAUGGGCAUCGUCACCCUGGAGGACGUCAUCGAAGAGAUCAUCAAGUCGGAGAUCCUGGACGAAACAGACCUGUACACCGACAAUCGCAAGAAGCAGAGGGUGCCUCACCGGGAGAGGAAGCGACAUGAUUUCUCCUUGUUUAAACUUUCCGACUCGGAGAUGCGGGUAAAGAUCUCUCCGCAGCUGCUGCUGGCCACGCACCGCUUCAUGGCCACAGAGGUGGAGCCCUUUAAGUCUCUAUACCUUUCGGAGAAGAUCUUACUCCGACUCCUGAAGCAUCCCAACGUGAUCCAGGAGCUGAAGUUUGAUGAGAAGAACAAGAAGGCGCCCGAGCACUACCUCUACCAGCGCAGCCGCCCCGUCGACUACUUCGUGCUGCUGCUGCAGGGGAAAGUGGAGGUGGAGGUCGGUAAGGAAGGUCUUCGCUUUGAGAAUGGAGCCUUCACCUACUAUGGCGUCCCAGCCAUCAUGACCUCUUCUUGCUCAGAUAGCGACGUGCGGAAGAUUGGGAGUCUGACUGGAUCCUCUGUCUUUCUGCCCGUCUCUGUGUCCCGUUCCUUCGCCUUCAGCAGAGGGGACUCUCUGGCAGGCUCCCCAGUAAACAGGUCCCCUUCUCGCUGCAGCGGCUUGAACCGCUCCGAGUCUCCGAACCGAGAACGCAGUGAUUUCGGGGGCAGCAACACGCAGCUCUGCAGCGGCAGCAACAACUUGUACACGCCCGACUACUCCGUGCACAUCCUCAGCGAUGUGCAGUUCGUGAAGAUCACUCGGCAGCAGUACCAGAACGCGCUGACCGCCUGCCACAUGGACAGCUCGCCCCAGUCCCCCGACAUGGAGGCCUGCACGGAUGGAGACUCCACCAAGGCGCCCACCACCCGGGGCACACCGCAGACCCCCAAGGACGACCCUCUCCUCGCCCUCCUCACCAGCAGGGGCAGCCUGCCGUGCAGCCGCUCCGAGGGGCUGAGAAGCCCCGGCGAGGCCGUGUACCUGCGCAUGGAGGAGCUGGCCUUCCCCCAGGAGGACGUGGAGGACUUCGAGGAGACUGACCUGCGGCCACUCUCGCUGUCCCCCUCAGCGGGUCCCCUGAGGGCAGCGUCGGACAGUGACUGUUGUAACAUCAACCUGGACGCCGGAAGCAGCCCCAGCAGCAGUGAUCACGAGGAGACUGUAGGCAAGAAACUUCUGAGAACCCUGAGCGGUCGGAAAAGGAAGCGGUCGCCGGACGGAGAGCGCGCCUCCGAGGACAACUCCAACUUAACGCCGCUGAUCACAUGAUGGGCAGCCGGCUGCGUGGACCGUGAGGCCCAGAGCUCUGGGGGAGGACCCACGCUCCCAUCCUUCGCUUCCCCGAGGGCCUGUGCGGUGACAGGGCGCUCAGCUUUCUCUACCACCUCAUCACCCCUCGCUGUCAGUUUGGCAGGUUUUGCUCCAGUUGGACUCAGAGCCUGGUGGUGGCCAUAACGGACAGGGCUGCCUCUGCUGGAACAUGCUAGAAAGUGGUCAUGUCGGCGGCCACACCACU